CGAUUUCAAAGGACCAUUCAUUUGUGGAAAGCUCAGUGCUUUAUUCACAUCUGCGAAAAUUUGGAAACAUUUUGUUAUUCGCCCAAUUUUUCUUUGGUUCAAUAAACGGAAAGAAAUGAGUGGUAAAGUGAUGAAAAUACGCGAAGGAACGAUAAUCAAAGAGUCGAAUUCAUCAACAGCAUCGCAUUGUCAGAAUACAAAUCAGUGCAUUGGUCAACAUCAAAAUAAAGUCAAUCGUUGUAAAGGUGACAUGGAUGACCUGAAAAUACAACUAGACAGGGAAAAGCAGAAAAGAAAUACAAUUCAAUCAGAAUAUGGAGAACUCAAACAAAAAUUGAACGAAUUUUGUAUAGAAGUGGAUGAAAAUAAGAAAAAUCCUAUUUCGAAGUACGAUGCUGCAAUAACGAAACAAAGUUAUUUCAAUGACACACUGGCGAAACAAGUGUGUGAAUCGAAAGAAAAAUUGAAAAAUUUGUCACAGUCUCUGAAGCAUAUUGAAGUAUGUGGAAAAGCAGAUUGCAAUAUACAUAUGAGAGAUUUGUUGAUUGACUACAAUUGCAUAUCAAAGAGUGAACUAACGAAGGAAAUCAAGCGAUUCCAGCGGAUGCAAAUCGAUUUGAAAAGUAAUUUGGACCGACUACAAUGGCGGCUCGAUUGUGAGUCAAAGUGUUCUUCCAUUUCAGAUCUAUCACAGUGUUCUUGAUCAGUACCAUAAAAUGCAAAUGGAUUUGUAUUAUCUAAAGAAUUUGAACGAGAAAACAUCAGCUCGUGAUUUAUGGUGUUAAAUUUGUAAGAUCUUGAAUCUAAAGAAAUUCAAGCAUCAAAUUACUUAAAUUGAAAGCAUAUUAGAAAUAGGAAAGACCAUGGCACUGCUCUCAGGCCCGGACUGGCCAUUACCGACGAUCGGAAAUUGGUCUUGAAAAUUGUUGUGCAGGUUUCUCGAAGAGCCAAUAGGUAGCCAGUCCGGUCCUGACAGCUCCUAGCAUUAACUUGAAUUGACCCUUUGCAAAUUUGUA